CAAUCAGCGACGCGAAGUCGACCAAGCCUCUUCGAUAUUUUUGUGGCGAUGCGAACCCGACCCAGCACCACCUCAACGGCCAACGACCCGAUCGCCGCGCUCGAAGCACGCAUUGAAGUGCAGGCGCGUGCGAACGCUGCAGAGCUUCAAGAGCUUCGCGCUGCUCUUCGAGCUAUCGCCCCGCCCGACGAGGCGAGCCAUGCCGAGACAGCGCUCGAGCGCGAGAACGCCGAGCUCAAGGCGAAGCUGGCAGUGCUCGAGCGCCAGCAUCGCGAGCUCCAGACGAUGUUUCAAGAGCACCUUUGUGGCGUACAGCACGCGGCAACGACCAUGGCUGCCAAAGUCAACCGCCUAUGUGAGGUGAACGGCAACGACGAUGCGGCCGGUCCCGCCGUACAGGCCUUUGAUCCACCUGCGGUCGGCAAGCGUCCUGCGGCGGCGCGUGCGAGCGACGGUCCUAUGACUGCAGCCAAGCGCCCAUGCCGCCAGCGUGAUAGUGCGGUCCAAGACCAGGAAGAGGCGCCAACGGUCCCGGCGUCCGAGCCGCCUGCCGCCCCAUUGACCGACGAGGCGCGGCUCAGAGCAGGCAUGGACUUGACGCCGGCGCUUGUCGAUCGUUUUCUCAAACACCUUCAAGUAAGCCGUACGAAGAAUGGUAUCUGUAUCGUGACCAAGCGGGUCUGCCGCAUUCUUCCGGCAUCCGUGCUGUCGUCGCUCAUGGGAUCGGGCACGCCACCGCCGUUGCCGGCUGCGUACGGAGGCCUUCUAACGGGCGAGAUCAUCGUGCUGCCUCUCUUUUUAGAGAAUCACUGGAGCGUGACCAUGGUGUUUGGUUUCCACAAUGCGACGAGCUCGCCUGCGACGAUAGUCUUUUUUGACACGUUUGACAGCCAGCACCGCGAGGCCGGGAUUCGAACCCACGUGGCCGACUUUCUGGCCGCGGUGCAUCACACGACCCGGUCGGGCGCCAAGAAGCCGCUCGAGUUCCACCACGACUAUGUCAAAGUGCCGUUUCAGGACAGUCCCAGCGACAGCGGGCUCUGGAUGCUGCGCAGUGUGGAGCUCACGCUUCGCGCAUGCAGCGCAACACGCAAGAUCUCUCCGCAUUCGUUGUUUGCGACCAACUUUUACAACGUGACGCUCGAGCAUUGGAUCUGCGAUAGUGUUGAACAAGCGCGGGACUCGAUCCAAGACAGACGCACGGCGAUGAUCGAGACACUUUGUUGCUACAACUAG